AUGGGUAUUAGCCGUGACUCCAGGCACAAGCGUUCCGCUACCGGUGCUCGACGUGACCAGUACAGAAAGAAGAGAAAGUUCGAAUUGGGUCGUCAACCCGCCAGCACCAAGGUCGGCAGCAAGCGCAUUCACUUGGUUCGUGUCCGUGGUGGCAACUACAAGAAGCGUGCCCUUCGUCUUGAAUCUGGUAACUUUGCCUGGGGUUCCGAGGGUGUGUCCCGCAAGACCCGUGUCUUGACCGUUGUGUACAACGCCUCCAACAACGAAUUGGUCCGUACCAACACUCUUGUCAAGGGUGCUGUUAUCCAGAUCGAUGCCACUCCUUUCCGUCAGUGGUACGAAUCUCACUAUGCCCUUCCUCUUGGCAAGAAGAAGAACAAGAAUGCUGAGGUUGAAGCUUCUGCUGAAAAGAAGUCCAACAGCGUUCAGAAGAAGCUCGAAGCUCGCAAGUCUCGUGCUGCUGUUGAUCAGCUCUUGGAUGACCAAUUCGCCGCUGGUCGUCUCUAUGCCAUCAUUGCCUCGCGUCCCGGUCAGUCCGGCCGUUGCGACGGUUACAUUCUCGAGGGUAAGGAGCUUGAAUUCUACAUCAAGAAGAUCAAGGUAAAUAUCACACGUAAACCGGUAAACACAACAUAA